CCGUCGCGUCGGGAGAACCUUCUGGUCAGAGGAUCUAGUUUUAGUACCCGGGCUGUUCGUGGGGUCGGCUAAAAAGACCUUCAACACUGUUUCAAGACCUGAACCAGCAGAGGGGCCACCCUGUGAGGCGGAGCUUCGGCAGUACCCCCCCCCAGAAACCUCUGGCACAGGAGCUAAAGCCUAGAGUUCUCGCGGGCAUUGGGGCUUAGCCUUCAGGAAGCCAACUCCUCCUCUUUGCAAGACGCUGAUGUCCCUUCAAUGCAGGAAGGACAGUUUGUUCCUUUCAGUGUCCUCGCUGAACUUACCCACUGCCCUUGUGCUCAGCGACAUCCUAGCAACUCGGCGGUCAUCACAGAGAGUCUGUCACUCACUCCUUUCAGCAUAAAGAAGUAAAUUGUCCCCAUGUGCCACCAUGGAGUGUGACCACUGCUGACUGGCAGUCACACAGCUCUGAAGUGUGUGUUGGACCUACACAUCCAAGAAAGGGAGACACCAUGGCUUCUAGCAGUGCUGAGACCCAGCUCCAGAGGAUCAUCCGUGAUCUUCAAGAUGCAGUGACAGAACUAAGCAAUGAAUUUAAAGAAGGAGGAGAACCGAUCACAGAUGACAGCACCAGCUUGCAUAAGUUUUCUUAUAAACUUGAGUAUCUUCUACAAUUUGAUCAGAAGGAGAAGGCUAGCCUCCUGGGUAGCAAGAAGGACUACUGGGAUUACUUCUGUGCGUGCCUAGCCAAGGUGAAGGGAGCAAAUGAUGGGAUCCGAUUUGUCAAGUCCAUCUCUGAGCUCCGAACAUCUCUGGGGAAAGGCAGAGCUUUCAUUCGUUACUCUUUGGUGCACCAGAGGUUGGCAGACACUUUGCAGCAGUGCUUCAUGAACUCUAAAGUGACCAGUGACUGGUAUUAUGCAAGAAGCCCCUUUCUGAAGCCAAAGAUGAGUUCUGACAUUGUGGGCCAACUAUAUGAGCUGACUGAGGUUCAGUUUGAUCUAUCAUCAAGGGGAUACGACCUGGAUGCCGCCUGGCCGACAUUUGCUAGGAGGACACUGGCCACCAGCUCUUCUGCUCACAUGUGGAAACCUCCCAGCCGAAGUUCCAGCAUGAGCAGUUUAGUGAGCAACUAUUUGCAGACUCAGGAAAUGGCCUCCAGUUUUGACCUAAACAGUCCUCUAAACAAUGAAGCACUAGAAGGUUUUGAUGAGAUGCGACUGGAGCUAGACCAGUUGGAGGUUCGAGAGAAACAGCUACAAGAACAUGUACAGCAGCUAGACAGGGAGAACCAAGCACUUCGAGCGAUGAUCAGCAGACAAGGGGAGCAGCCUCAGGCAGAGAAGGAGAGGGGGUACUCUACAGUGGAGGAUAACACUGGCCUCGUGGGCCUAGUGUCAGAACUCCAGAAGCAGGGGGAGAUCACCCAAGCCACAGUGAAGAAGCUUCAGACAUGUCUGCAGGCCUUGGAGUUGAAUGUAGACAAGAAAGAAAAUAGCCACUCAACCCUGCAGCUUGAGACCAUGGCACAGGAACUUGAGGCUGUGAGAGACUCCCUGGGUAGGAAAAAUCAGCUUCUAGCCAGCCUCUCACAUUGCCUGGCCAGGGCAGAGAAGAAGGCAAAUUCAGCUCUGGACACAACAUUUCAUCAAGAGCCAGUUCCUGCUGACAUGGCCCUGAAGUUCCAGGAACUGAAGGGGAAACUGGAAGCCCUAGAAGGAGAGAACGCCAAGGCCCAGGAACUGAACAAGCAGCAGAGUAUCAAACUAGAGCAGCUGGUCAAGGAACUUCAGCUAAAGGAGGAGGCCCGGGCUGACCUAGAGCACUUAGUGAAGGAUGUGGCCCCACUUCAGGAAGAGCUAUCUGGGAAGAAGCAAGAGUCAGCUGAGCUCCAGCGGCAGCUGCAGGAAUCCCUGGCCCACUUGAGCUCUGUGAAGGAAGAGCUAGCAGAAGCCAGGCAGCAGGAAAAGCAGCAUCGAGAAGAAAAGCAGCUGCUGGAGCAGGAGGCCAAGUCUCUGACAUGGCAGCUGCAGCUCCUAGAGACCCAGUUAGCACAGGUGAGUCAGCUUGUGAGCGACCUGGAGGAACAGAAGAAACAACUUAUACAGGACAGAGAUCAUCUCAGCCAGAAAGUGAGCACACUAGAGCAGCUAGGUGAAGGGCAUGGGGUCAGCAAGAAUAGGGAGGCCCUGGCCUCCAUGAGCUCUGUCUCACCACAGACUGGGGAGAUGCCAGAAGAGGGGCAGCAACACCUCCAGAAAGAAGAGGUAAAUGAUGCCACAGUGCCAGAGGAAGACCAGAAGGAAUUGCGAAAGGUCAACCAGGAGCUACAGAAGGAGCUGCAGAACAUGGCCGUGCGCAACCAGCUUUUGGAGGGUAAACUUCUAGCCUUGCAAACUGAUUACACAGCGCUGCAGCAGCGAGAGGCAGCCAUUCAGGGCUCCUUAGCCUCUCUGGAGGCUGAGCAGGCCAGCAUCCGGCACCUAGGAGACCAGAUGGAAGCAAGUCUUUUGGCUGUGAGGAAAGCCAAAGAGACCAUGAAGGCCCAGGUGGCAGAGAAGGAAGCUGCCCUGCAGAGUAAGGAGGGUGAGUGCCGGCGGCUGCAGGAAGAGGCAGAUCAGUGCCGGCUUCGGACGGAGGCCCAAGAUCAGGAACUCAGGGCUCUUGAGAACCAGUGUCAGCAGCAGAUUCAGCUGAUUGAGGCCCUCUCUGCAGAAAAAGGCCACCAGGGACUCAGCCUACCCCAAGUCAACACAACCCAACUGGCUCUGUCUCAAGCACAGCUAGAAAUUCACCAGGGGGAAGCCCAGCGGUUACAGAAUGAGGUGGUGGACCUCCAAGCCAAGCUCCAGGUGGCCCUAGGUGACCGGGACAAGUUACAGAGCCAGCUGGGUGUGGCUGAGACAGUCCUGAGGGAGCACAAGACCCUGGUGCAACAACUGAAAGAGCAGAAUGAAGCCCUUAACAGGGCCCAUGUUCAGGAGCUGCUGCUGUGCUCAGAGCGAGAAGGGGUACUACAGGAGGAGAGCAUCUAUAAGGCCCAGAAGCAGGAACAAGAGCUGCAAGCCCUGCAGGCGGAGCUAUCACGGAUGAGGUGCAGCUCCGAGGGAGCCCACCUGGAGCAUGCAGAGCUACAGGACCAGCUACACCGAGCCAACACAGACACAGCUGAGCUUGGCAUACAGGUCUGUGCCCUGACUGCCGAGAAGGAUCGGAUGGAGGGGGCCCUGGCCAGGUUGACCCAGGAGCUCCAGGACUCCAGGGAGGCAGCACUGCGGGAACGAAAGGACUUGGAGCUCCAGGUGGUGGGACUACAGCAAGAGAAGAAGGAGUUACAGGAAAAACUAAAGGCAGCUGAGGAGGCAGCUGUUUCGUGCUCUGGUCUACAGGCACAGCUGGCCCAGGCUGAGCAGCUGACCCAGAGCCUCCAAGAGGCUGCACACCAGGAACGAGAUGCCCUCAAGUUCCAGCUAAGUGCUGAGAUCAUGGGCCACCAGAACAGAUUGAAGACGGCCAAUGAAGAGUGUGAGAGCCUCAGGGCCCAGCUAGAAGAGCAGAGCCGGGAGCUGCAAGUGACUAAGGAGGCUGUGCACGAACUGAAGGUCACCAAGGCAGCCAUGGAGGAGAAACUGAACUGUACCAACAGCCGUCUUGCAGAGUGCCAGGCCACUUUGCAGCACAAAGAUGAAGAAAGCACGACUCUUCGAAAAAGCCUAGAAAGAACUCAGAAGGAACUUGAAAAGGCCACAUCAAAAAUCCAAGAAUAUUAUAACAAACUCUGCCAGGAGGUGACAAACAGGGAAAGGAAUGACCAGAAGAUGCAUGCAGACCUAGACGACCUGAACAGAACCAAGAAAUACCUUGAGGAACGGCUGAUAGAGCUGCUCAGGGACAAAGAUGCUCUCUGGCAAAAGUCUGAUGCACUGGAAUUCCAGCAAAAGCUCAGUGCUGAAGAGAAAUGUCUUGGGGACGUGGAAGCCAGCCACUGCCAUGACUGCAAGCGGGAGUUCAGCUGGAUAGUGCGGCGGCACCACUGCAGGAUAUGUGGCCACGUCUUCUGUUACUACUGCUGUAACAACUAUGUUAUGACUAAGCCCAGUAGCAAGAAGGAACGCUGCUGCCGAGCCUGCUUCCAGAAGUUUGGUGAAAGCCCUGGAUCUCCUGAUAGCAGUGGCUCUAGCACUAGCCAGGGAGAGCCCAGCCCCGUGGUUUCACCAGCUAAAGCAGGCCCCCAGGCCAUAGGAAACCAAGGAGCAAACUCAGUCUGCAGACCACCAGACGAUGCUGUGUUUGACAUCAUCACUGAUGAGGAAUUGUGCCAGAUUCAAGAAUCUGGCUCCUCCUUGCCUGAAACACCCACCGAAACUGAUUCAUUGGACCCAAAUAUGGCUGAACAGGACACUACAUCAAACUCACUAACCCCUGAAGAUACUGAAGAUAUGCCAGUGGGGCAGGAUGCUGAAAUCUGCUUGCUGAAGUCUGGAGAGCUGAUGAUCAAAUUACCCCUCACAGUGGAGGAGAUCAUCAGCUUUGGGGAGGGUAACAGGGAGCUGUUUGUGAGGUCCAGUACCUACAGCCUGAUUCCUAUCACCGUAGCUGAGCCUGGCCUUACUAUCAGCUGGGUCUUCUCUUCUGACCCCAAGAGCAUCUCCUUCAGUGUGGUCUUCCAAGAGACAGAAGACACGCCACUCGACCAGUGCAAGGUCCUCAUUCCCACCACCCGAUGCAAUUCCCACAAGGAGAGUAUCCGGGGCCAGCUGAAGGUCCGAACCCCUGGCAUCUACUUGCUUAUCUUUGACAACACCUUUUCCAGAUUUAUCUCCAAAAAAGUAUUUUACCACCUGACUGUUGACCGGCCUGUCAUCUACGAUGGAAGCGAUUUCCCGUAGCAUCAGGACCUGAACUUUAGAGCUCCUCAUCAUCCACAGGAAACACUACUCCUCCUCACCCAUCUCAUUAAACAUGUACACCCACACUCACUCACAAAAUUUUAAAAAUUAAAAAAUUAGAAACAAAGGAAAUACAAUCAGCUGUACCCCAGCUCACCAGCUCUGCAGCUCUGGCAGAGCCUUGUACUGCACCUUAGAAACUACUCUGCCAAGAUUCACAAUAUGCUUGUUAUAUGCGUCUGUCACUAUCAGUUCCUAGGGCUCCUAAGGACCAGAUACGAGACUCAGCUAUCUUCUCACCCAAAGGGACACCUUGCCAAAUGUUUGUACUCUAGAAACACCGUUGGCCUCACCUGGGAUCAUAGUUGGUAACAGUCUGCUGUGGUAUUUUUCAGGCAAGGAUUCAAAGUGAAUCCUUGUGUAGUCCCAGGAGAAGGAGACCAUAGGGCCAUCACGUGAGAGAUGCACCUACCCCUUAAUUUAUCCAUAAGAAGGGGCUGCUUUCUCCUACUCAGCAAUGGGGGGAGGGGGGGCGCGUGGCGAUGCUGAACUGUGCUGUCCUGAGCCCUUGUCUACUCAGGGCCUUUGCUCAGCCUGGCUACUCAGCAGCUCUAAAUCACACACAUCACACACACACACACACACACACACACACACACACACACACACAAGAACCAACCAGAGGUCUAGGAAAGAGCAGUCACUCGCUACCUGAAGGCUUCAGCUCUGCAUAUGGAUAGCAGGAGUAGAAAUACAGGCCAAGUUCCCUACAGUGGACUCAGGUUGGCCUCAGAGCUCAUGUGUCAACCCGUAGCCCAUCUUUGUUUGUAAACCCCAGACCUUCUGUCUCAUCUGCAGACAGUUGUUUACUCGUGAGUAGAGUCAGUUAAGAACCACUUUCAAUACCUGGAACCUUUCUAAAAAGUCUUUGGUAAGGAAGAAGCCAUGUAGCAGAAGAACAGAGAAUAACUUCCUUUUGGCCUCCAUCUGCCCGCCACUCCCUCUUGCUCAUCAGCUCAUAUCUGAUACAGCAGACAGACAGCUGUUCUCUGUGACCCCUUUUUACUCCCACCACCAGUUUACCUUUGUUCGUAACUUUUUGCCAUGUGAGGUCAUCAUAUGCAGCUGAGUCUUCAAAGACUGACAGGGCUCCUUGUAGGUCUGUAUGUGGCCUGAGAUUGCUGAAGACCAAAUCAUCCUACCUUUGAACCUUCCUCUUGCAAAUGGAAGACUGAAGCCACCUUGUUUACUAGGCCAACAGCAUCCAGCACCAGCUAGGAUCUCGUUUUUAUUAUUUUACUUUUCCAGGGUAUGUUGGAGACACUGGCCAAGCUCAUGGCUUUCUGCCGGUGUCACUGCCUCCGUCUGCAUCAAGAGUGGCCAUUCACUGAGUUACUAUUGUGUUGGGGAUCUGGGAGGGGCAGCUCUUGUGAAGUUAGCUCAUUACUGAGGUGAGAGGCUUCAGUGCUGACUGCCUAGUACUCUAGUAAGUGCUUACCAACUCUUUGUCUUUGAUAGUAUAUUUAUUUUUUGUGCUGAAUGGACUUUGUACUGUAUUAUAUAUUAGUUCACUGUUCAUGUUCCAGCUCACAGUUCAUGCUCCUUAGCACUAGGUUACUAGAGAACAUUUGGCCCUGUGUAAGUGUGCCUUUCAUACAUAGCUUUAUUAUUUUAAGUAGUUCAUUGGAGUAACUUUUAAAAAUGCAAAUGACAAUUGAAGAAUCACUGAGAAAGAUGGUGGCCCAGCUGGACUUAAUUAUACUACAGAUCAUAAGGAAACAUCCUUGAGAUCCUGGGUCAUUCUUUUUCUAAGGACAGCUCCUCCUGUAAUGACUCCGCUAUGUUAUGAGGAAUCAUAACAGCCAUGUUAGUAGUGUUGCCAGCUGCCUGUUUACCCGUGACACUGAAGCCACUACAUGACUUCACCCAAGAAAUUAACCAGCUACUCAGACACAGGGAAGUAUGUCUGAGGCAGAGAUAGGGCCCUCCAUGUCUCAGUAGACUUGGAGAGCAUAUACCCUAGAUUCCAGCUAGCCCUGGGCCAAGAAGGCAAAGGGAUUCUCAAGCAGAAACCUGGAACUGAAAAUCUCCAUACGGUUUGGGAAGUGGAAACAAAGAGCCAUAUGUAAAUAAAGAUGUUAUUUCUGAACAGGUUCAGUUGUCCACCAAGUAUCAAGCCACUCCUGGCCCAAAAAAGAAAUCUUGCAGCUCUAGUUUGAUAUUCAUGGAGUUUUGUUUUUAAACUCCGUGAUUCUACCUGUGAGAAUCCUUUAUACUCAGAAAAUACUCUUGGCUCAGAGGUUUUGGAAAAGGAGGCAGAGAGGAGCCAUCUUUGGUGCACAGAACCAGGGAAUGCAAUAUAAAGACCAUUGAGUGCUGCUCACAUUGACAUAAACAAACACUACUUGGUAGAAACUUAGCACAAUUUCCUCAUCUCACUUAAUUUCUUCCAACGAACAAGAAAGUUAAUUCAAAAUCUUCUUUUCCCUCUCAAACACCUUUUAAAUUUCAGGAGAUCUCUCUGAUGAAGGGGUAUUUUUAGACCCUUUUGACGUGUAUUUAAUCUAGAUGCCCUGCUUUUGGUGACUGCAGUGACACUGAGUCUCUGUGGGAAGCUUGACGAUUGGAAUGCACUUUAAUUCAUUAAUCCUCAUUUUGUGUGGCCUUAUGAGAUAAUGGGUCAGGGAACCCAUUUCAUUCUUAUCUGCCAAAGAGUUACUCAGAAGCACAUCAAACACCAGCACUUCAUCUGCCCAAGGGGAUGAAACUUUGGUAUCACUGAAUAUUCUCCUUUAGCAGUGUCUGCUAUGCCAUUUGGAAAUGUUUUUUUUAACCUCAGGUUUCAAAUAAAGCAAACACUAUGGCAUUUGGAGUA